AUGCGGUUGUGGUGGAUUUUAAUGAUUAGUUUUUGGAGUGCCUGUGGGGAACUGCCAUUCAUAGCGGAGAACAAUGCAGCUAUGUUGGUCAACUGGAAUGCUGUUGAUGGGAACAAAAAGUUGUACGCCAUCUAUGAUACAAGCGUCAACGAGCCGGGGAACAUGUCUUUUGUCAAAGAGACCGUGGAUAAACUGUUGAAAGGAUAUGACAUUCGUCUCCGACCAGACUUUGGAGGUCCACCGGUUGCUGUUGGCAUGAGUAUAGACGUGGCCAGUAUAGACAUGGUGUCAGAAGUCAACAUGGACUACACGCUGACUAUGUACUUCCAGCAGUAUUGGAGAGAUAAGAGGCUGGCCUACGCAGGGAUCCCUCUCAACCUGACGCUGGACAACAGAGUAGCAGACCAGCUCUGGGUCCCUGACACCUACUUCCUCAAUGACAAGAAGUCCUUUGUGCACGGUGUCACCGUGAAGAACCGUAUGAUCCGACUCCACCCGGACGGCACUGUUCUCUACGGCCUCAGAAUCACGACGACGGCGGCCUGCAUGAUGGAUCUGAGGAGAUACCCGCUGGACGAGCAGAACUGCACCCUGGAAAUUGAGAGUUAUGGUUACACAACAGAUGAUAUAGAGUUCUACUGGAAAGGAGGAGACACCGCAGUGACCGGGGUGACGCGCAUCGAGCUCCCUCAGUUCUCCAUAGUCGACUACAAACUGGUCUCCAGGAAUGUGGUCUUUUCCACAGGUGCCUAUCCUCGACUGUCUCUGAGCUUCAAGCUGAAGCGAAACAUUGGAUACUUCAUCCUGCAGACGUACAUGCCCUCCAUCCUCAUCACCAUCCUAUCUUGGGUGUCAUUCUGGAUAAAUUAUGAUGCCUCGGCUGCCAGAGUUGCAUUAGGGAUCACCACUGUCCUGACCAUGACAACCAUUAACACCCAUUUGAGAGAGACUCUGCCCAAGAUCCCUUACGUCAAAGCUAUCGACAUGUACCUGAUGGGCUGCUUCGUGUUCGUCUUCCUGGCUCUGCUGGAAUAUGCCUUCGUCAACUACAUCUUCUUCGGAAGAGGUCCUCAGAUGCAGAAGAAGCUGGCGGAGAAGGCACAGAAGGCGAAUAAUGAGCGGAAUAAAUUUGACAGGCCCAAGUCCUUUCUGGAAGGAGGCAAUUGCAAGUCUUCGUCCGUUAAACAGUCCAAUCAGGUACAAGAGCGUCGUCACUCACGACGGGUCGACUCCCAGGGGAACAUUUUGCUGACAACCUUGGAGAUCCACAACGAGGUGGGAGGGAACGAGAUCACAACCACCGUGAGCGAGACUCACAACUCUUCCUCCAUGGUGUUCGACAACUCGGGGGUCCAGUACAGGAAGCCGAGCACGCCGCGGGAGCCGGGUCGCCUCAGCCUGGACAGGAACACACAUCUAAAGAAGACCCGCCUGAGGAGACGGUCCUCGCAGCUCAAAAUCAAAAUCCCAGACCUCACCGAUGUGAACGCCAUCGACAGAUGGUCACGGAUAAUAUUCCCCUCCGCCUUCUCCCUCUUCAACUUAAUCUACUGGCUUUAUUAUAUCAACUAACGCACUGAUGUUUUUUUAAACCCGUCUCUGUCUCAUUCUUGUUUCUGAAUGAGAGAAGACGAGACGGAACAACCAUAAUGAACUUUUUUUUUUUAUCGUAGCGAGUGAUGAGAGAAGUGUCACUCACAGAGCGUGCAUCUGUACAUGCACCAAGAUUCACCUGCAGAACACGUGUUUUACAAAGACUCUGUCACAUGUGGAGA